AUGGACGAAUCGAGAUCAUCCACCGCGGUACCGAUCGACAUUGAACAGCUACCGGCACGAGAUGGGGACGAAGAGAAAUCCGUAGGUCAUGGUCCGCCGGCGGUCGAGGGUAAAGAGCACGACGAGGAGUCGAUUGAUCCAGGUCCUACCGUGGUGCCGAGAUUGCAACGUCGAGGGCUCUUUGGACAAUUUACUCUGCUGGCAGAGGUCGAGAACCCCAAACUUUACCCUCGGAAGACCAAAUGGUUCAUCACGUUCAUCGUUGCGGUGGCAGGUGCCACGGCUCCCAUGGGAAGCUCCAUAUUCUUUCCCUCUCUGGCCCGGGUGACGAAGGAAAUGCAUACCACAACUACCAUUACCAAUUUGUCCAUCUCUUUGUACAUGCUUAGUAUGUCCAUAUUUCCGCUAUGGUGGUCUUCGUUUAGCGAGAGACUUGGACGACGGACGAUAUACAUCGUUUCCUUUUGUCUCUUCGUGGUUUUCAACGUCCUUUGCGCUAUUUCCCAUAACAUUGUGAUGCUUAUUGUGAUGCGAAUGCUCAGCGGUGGCGCCUCAGCAUCGGUUCAAGCAGUUGGUGCAGGAACGAUCGCCGAUCUUUGGGACACGCAUGAAAGAGGUCGAGCAAUGACUACUUUCUAUCUUGGUCCGUUGUGUGGCCCCUUGAUUGCUCCCAUUGUCGGUGGUGCCUUGGCACAACGGUGGAACUGGAGAAGUACGCUAUGGUUUCUUGCCGCUUACGGUGGCUUAGUCGCUGCAUUUAUUUUCCUUGCACUACCCGAGACGUUAGCAAAGCGAAAAGUCCCGGCUAUAGUUGAGAGCAUUGAACAGACAGCGCCAGUGGAACGCCGAUUGAGCCGAGCUUCUUCCAGACAGGUUGUUCAGUUCACGACAAAGUGGCUGAAGAUGCUGAAAAUGGUGUUCUUGGAUCCGCUGAAGAUUGUUCUUUACUUGCGAUAUCCCCCCGUUCUCUUGACAGUGUACUAUGCAAGCAUCACAUUUGGGUCUCUCUAUGUUUUGAACGUCAGCAUCGAGCACACGUUUGGAUAUGCCCCUUACGAAUUUCCUACAAUUAUUGUUGGUCUUCUCUACAUUCCCAACUCGCUUGGCUAUGUCGUUGCGAGCACAUUUUCAGGACGCUGGAUGGACAGCAUCAUGCAACGCGAGGCCAGAAAGGCCAAUCGAUAUGACGAGAACGGCAGGUUGAUUUAUCGGCCCGAAGAUCGUAUGCGCGAAAACGCCUGGCUCGGUGCUCUUAUCUAUCCUGCCGGCUUGAUUUGGUAUGGAUGGACCGCUGGCAAGGGUGUCUUCUGGCUUGCUCCGAUGAUUGCCAAUUUCUUCUUCGGUGUCGGGUCCAUGAUUAUCUUCGGCAUGGCAACCACGAUGUUGACGGAGUUUAUGCCACAGAAUGCGUCUGCGGGCGUUGCGCUAAACAAUUUCAUGCGGAAUAUCUUUUCAUGCGUCGGAUCCUUGGUCACUGCACCGAUCAUAGAUGCCAUUGGCAAUGGCUGGCUCUUUACGAUCCUGGGUCUGGUUGCGUUUGCCAGCAGUUCAACCCUCUUCACCAUGAGAGUCUUUGGUCCCCGCUGGAGAGAGUCUAUGGACGCUCUCACGCAAUGA